ACACAAACAGGCUCGUCGUGCAGAGUGGCUCAGCCGCAGCACCACACAGGAACACCAUCUCCCAGAAUGCUGUGGGUUGUCCUACGCCUGCGUCAGUAGUGCGACGAAAUUCUGUUGCUAAACAAACCAACUACGGGAUUCAGGACUCAGGACUCCAUAAUAAUGGAGUUGGAACAGACGAAAGAAGACAGUGCUCCAAUCCAGCCAACAUCCACACCUCCCUCUCAGUCAAAGAGGCCAAGUCAGGCUCUGUACGUUCCCAAACAACGACUUCAUGCCUCCAAAGACAAAGCUCAGACUCAGGGAGAAGUUAAGCCGAGACCCAGGCCUCGCUACACAGACAAGGCACGAAAGAACGCUAAGAACAAGAAGGACAAGGCUGGAGGGGAAGAUAAUGCGGGACCUGUUGGAGGAGAAGGCGGAGGUCAGAUACAGAACAGUGACACUAAGCCUGAUGUGAAGAAGGAAGGGAGGCUACAGGAUACAGAUGCGCAGGUUAAUGGGCAGCCUGAGUCGACCAGUGUGGAGACAGAUGUUACCUCAGGGCUGGAAGCAACAUCCCCUCAGGAGGAAAAUGGGGAAGAGGAGAGCUGGGACACUUUGUUCAACGAUGACGGAGAUUGUUUGGAUCCGCACCUGCUUGAAGAGCUGGCUUUGAAAGAAGGUAGAAAGAAGGAGUCAGUCCAGGAGCCCAGGUUCGAUUACUACAACAUGAACCGAGAUGAUGAUGGCGAUGAAGACGACGACAUCGAUCUCAGAGAGGAUGAACUCUCACACAUUGUAGAGAUCUAUGACUUUCCUACGGAGUUCAAGUCAGAGGACCUUCUCAAGUUAUUUCAGUGCUACCAACAAAGAGGCUUUGACAUUAAAUGGAUUGAUGACGCACACGCUCUGGGCCUCUUCUCAAGCCCCAUUGCAGCCCGUGAAGCUCUAAGAUCCAAACAUCCACUGAUGAAGUUGCGACCACUCUCCAAAUCCUCCUCUGCCACAAAAGCCAUAGCCCGUAGCUGCUCAGACUACCUCCUGCCGGCUAAAGAGAGACCUCAGACGAGUGCAGCACUGGCUCGCAAGCUCGUGAUUGGUGCCCUUGGUGUAAAGAGCAACCUGACGAAGGAGCAGCGCGAUGCAGAGAGGAGGAAACUCCAGGAGGCGAGAGAACAAAAGCGCCUGGCAGCCAAACAGAGGGAAGAUGCUUGGGAGGGGAACUGACCAGACAGAAAACAACCCCCCCUUUGUCUGUAAGAUUCCUUGAUUCAGCAGAGGUUAGGGACUUCUCUGUUUCUUCUCCUGCUCUGUUUUUCUCAAUUGGCCACUCCUUUCUUCCACCACACUUCCCAGAAAUGGAUUCCCACCAAAUUUUCCUUCUUCCUGCCACUGUCCCUUAGCCCGCAGUGUUACCUCAGAUGAGAGCAUCCUACCACUUCCCUCUCCUUUAUAUUCUUGCUUUCUUUGUUCAGGGAUCAGUCUCUCAUAUGGACUUGUUUUCAUAUCUGUGACACUGUAACUGUAAGGUCUGUACUGAAGCACUGAGCCUAAUCAUUUGUAAUUCAUUGAAAGGAUUAUUUUCUGUAUAGAUCCAGACCAUCAAGUUUGUCAUUAUAUAUAUUUAAAAAAAUGUUUUUAAAGAUGACCCAAGUAAAACCGCCUGUAAACGUAAGGGCAGCAAGGUUUUCUGUUAAAGAUCACGCAUCUCUUAAAUUCAGUCAUGACAAUACAGUACUUUAUUGUAUAUGAAGACAUUGUUGAGAUUUGAUUAUGUUUUAAUGUGUUGAAUUAAAUGUUGUGUUAUAUGCAAAAAAAUGCAGCAUUGUUUACAAUUUAAGGCCGCGGAACUUAAUUAAACUUUGAACCUUCAUGUCAGGUCCAUUUGCAGCA